CCGUGUCCCUCUGUCCCCCCGUGUCCGUCUGUCCCCCCCGUCCCCGUGCCCAUCUUUGGCCGUGUCCCCCCCCCCCCGGUGUCCCCGCGGUGUCACCGCGCAGGUGACAGAGCCAGCGCUCGGCGGGGAACUGUGACUCACAGCCGGGGGCCGGCGGGGGGGACACGGGGACAGCGGGGACAGCGCGGGGGGACACCGCGACACCUGGGGACAGCGACAGCGGCGGCACACAGGCCAUGGCCGCGCCCCUCGGCGCCCCCGCGCAGGACUCGGACUCGGGGGAGGACGAGGAGCAGGUGGCGCAUGCGCAGGAGCGCCUCCUGCAGGCGCUGAUGGCGCGCGCGGGCCGCGAGCUGCGGCGGCGGGAGCUGCAGCGGGACUGGGACGUACUGGGAGAACUGGGCAGCGGCUCCUACGGGCGCGUGGUGCUGGCGGAGCCGCGGGACGGAGGUGCGCGGGUGGCGCUGAAGCUGCUCUCCAAGGAGCGCACGGCCAGGUGCAGCUUCCUGCGGGAGUUCUGCACUCACCUGUGCCUGCGGGGGGCGCUCACCUGUGUCCAGGUGCUGCCGCUCGCCUUCGAGACCCCCACGGAGUUCGGCUUUGCCCAGGAGCUCGCACCUGCCGGGGACCUGUGCGGCCUGCUCACACCUGGGGUGGGUCUCCCGGAGCCGCAGGUGAAGCGCUGCGCCGCCCAGGUGUCGGCCGCCCUGUCGUACCUGCACGGCCACGCCCUGGUGCACCGCGACCUGAAGCUGGACAACGUGCUGGCCUUCGACCGCGAGUGUCACCUGGUCAAGCUGGGCGACUUCGGCCUGACGCGCGUGCUGGGCUGGCAGGUGCGGCCCGCCGCCGGCCCCGCCCCCUACGCCGCACCUGAGCUGUGGCACCUGCGCGCAGGUGAGGCGCGGCUGCGGCUGGAGCCGGCGCUGGACACCUGGGCGUUCGGCGUGCUGCUCUUCGCGCUGCUCACCGGCCGCUUCCCCUGGGGCUCACCUGGGCGCGCCGACCCCGCCUUCCGCCGCUUCCGCGCCUGGCACGGCCGCACCUGCGCAGGUGAGGCCCCGCCCCGCCCGCCGCGCACCUGGCGGGGGCUGGGGGAGGCGGCGCUGCGGCUGCUCAGGGGGUUGCUGCACCCCUCACCUGGGCGGAGGUGCCCGCCCGGGGAGGUGCUCAGGUACCUGGGGAGGCCCUGGGCAGGUGAGGGGGGACAGGUGAGCGGGGAGGGGGAAGGGGGGAGCGGGGAGGGGUCGUCCUCAGGUGAGAGUGGCCAGGUGAGCUCUGCAGGUGAGGAGGGACAGGUGAGCUCUGCAGGUGAGGGGGAACAGGUGAGUUCUGCAGGUGAGGAGGGACAGGUGAGCCCCACAGGUGAGGAGGGACAGGUGAGUUCUGUAGAUGAGGAGGGACAGGUGAGCUCUGCAGGUGAGUUCUGCAGGUGA